ACGUCUCGCCAGCUUCUUGACCUUUUCCAUCAUCGACCAUGCUCACCUCCCGCGGUGCCGUCUCUCGCCUCUCGAGGAGGGCGUUCAACAGCGCAAAAAAGACGAACGCGUUCUUCUCCACCGCCGCGGUUGCCAGCAGGGCGUCCAUUCCCUCCGCUCUCCCGCAGCGCCCCGCCGCGCGUCCGACUCGCGCUGCCCCCGCGUCUGUCCGCAACUACGCUACUGAGGCCAAGGGCAAUGUCGGCUCCGUCAAGACCGUCAUUGGUGCCGUCGUCGACGUCCAGUUUGACACGGACAACCUCCCGCCCAUCUUGAACGCCCUCGAGGUCCAGGACUUCUCUGGCGGCCGCCUCGUUCUCGAGGUCGCGUCGCAUCUCGGUGAGAACUCGGUCCGCACCAUUGCCAUGGACGGUACCGAGGGUCUCGUCCGUGGGCAGAAGGUCGUCGACACCGGUGCCCCCAUCCAGAUUCCUGUCGGCAAGGCCACCCUCGGCCGUAUCAUGAACGUCAUCGGCGAGCCCAUUGACGAGCGUGGUCCCAUCAAGGGCGACAAGCUUCUCCCCAUCCACGCCGACCCGCCCGCGUUCGUCGACCAGUCGACCACCGCUGAGGUCCUGGAGACCGGUAUCAAGGUCGUCGACCUCCUCGCCCCGUACGCCCGUGGUGGCAAGAUCGGUCUCUUCGGAGGUGCCGGUGUCGGCAAGACGGUGUUGAUUCAGGAGCUCAUCAACAACGUCGCGAAGGCGCACGGUGGUUUCUCCAUUUUCUGCGGUGUCGGCGAGCGUACCCGUGAGGGUAACGACUUGUACCAUGAAAUGAUUGAGACCGGUGUCAUCAACCUCGAGGGUGACUCCAAGGUCGCUCUGGUCUUCGGCCAGAUGAACGAGCCCCCUGGUGCCCGUGCCCGUGUUGCUCUCACCGGCUUGACGAUCGCCGAGUACUUCCGUGACGUCGAGGGCCAGGAUGUGUUGCUCUUCAUUGACAACAUUUUCCGCUUCACCCAGGCCGGUUCUGAGGUGUCUGCCUUGCUCGGUCGUAUCCCCUCUGCCGUCGGUUACCAGCCGACCUUGUCCACGGACAUGGGUGGCAUGCAGGAGCGUAUUACCACGACCAAGAAGGGCUCCAUUACGUCCGUGCAGGCCGUCUACGUCCCUGCCGAUGAUUUGACGGAUCCUGCCCCGGCUACCACCUUCGCUCACUUGGACGCCACCACUGUGUUGUCCCGUGGUAUUGCUGAGCUCGGUAUCUACCCCGCUGUCGACCCGCUCGACUCCAAGUCACGUAUGCUCGACCCGCGUAUCGUCGGCCAGGAGCACUACGCAAUCGCCACCGCCGUCCAGAAGAUCCUUCAGGACUACAAGUCCCUCCAGGAUAUCAUUGCCAUUCUCGGUAUGGACGAGUUGUCUGAGGAGGACAAGCUCACUGUCGAGCGCGCGCGUAAGAUCCAGCGUUUCAUGUCGCAGCCCUUCCAGGUCGCGCAGGUCUUCACUGGCUACGAGGGCAAGCUCGUGUCCCUCAAGGACACCGUCCGCUCCUUCAAGGAGAUCCUCUCUGGCGCGCACGACUCUCUGCCCGAGUCUGCCUUCUACAUGGCGGGCACGAUCGAGGACGUGAAGGCGAAGGCGGAGCAGCUCGCGAAGGAGAUCGGCAACUAAUCGUAUAGCUUUUGGGGCCCAAAAUGUCUUUACCGUUCUUUGCUGCGCACUGGCGUGGAAGCUGUCAGGUUUAGAGCAUGGAAUAAAACAUACCUUACUGCAUCUGCUA